AUGGAGUGGCCAAUUAAUAAACCAAUUUACGAUAUUAAUAAAUCUUGGGAAGAUAAUUUAGAAAAUGGACCAUUUGUCGAGGGAUAUAAAUAUCAAGAAAGAAGAGAUAAUUUAGAUGAGAGCAAAUUUAUAGAUUUUUUAGGUGCUAAAUUAGCAAGUCCAUUGGGUGUACCAGCAGGUCCAUUAUUAAAUAGUCAAUGGGUUAAAUUCGCAUUGGAAUCUGGUUUCGAUUUACCAACAUAUAAAACCAUUAGAAGUCAUCAUCAUCUUGGUCAUCCAGUACCAAAUGUAAAGUAUUUAGAUUUAGACGGCGAAGAUAGUAAACAAUUCACUAAGAGCGACAGUGGUAGAACUAUUCAUGCAACAAGUAAUGUACCAUCAACAAUGGAUCAAUUGGCUAUUACAAAUUCAUUUGGUAUGCCAAGUAUGUCAAAAGAAUAUUUAUAUAAAGAUAUUGGUUUAGCUCAUAGUUAUUUAGGUAAAGGUCAAUCAAUGAUCGUUUCAAUUACUGGUACAGCAAGCACUGCUCAUGACUUCCUUCAAGAUUUUAUUGAUACAGUUCGUAUCGCCGUUGAUGCCGGUUCUAAAAUUGUUGAGGUUAACUAUAGUUGCCCAAAUGUUGUAACAGGUGAAGGUCAAAUCUACCAUAACCCAGAUGCAGUUUAUGAAAUUUCAUCAACACUUGUUAAAGAACUUGCACCAAAAAAUAUUCCACUUAUUAUCAAGGUUGGUGUUAUGGAAGAUCUCGAUAAAAUGGCCAAGCUUUUCCAACAAGCCGAAAAUGCUGGCGUUGCCGCUAUCGCCGGUAUCAACACUCUCUCAAUGAAAGUAACUGACAAGGUAUCUGGUGAACCAUCAUUAGGCGAAUCUCGUUUAACUAGUGGAGUUUGUGGUGCACCAAUUCGUUCAGCUGCUCUUGACUGGGUUUCAACUGCUUCAUCAAUCAUCAAAAAACAAAAUAAUAAUUUAAAACUUUUAGGCUGUGGUGGUAUUGUUAAACCAGAACACUUUGAUCAAUUUUUAGAUGCUGGAGCAGACAUUGCUAUGUCUGCUACUGGUCUUAUGUGGGAUCCAUAUAUUGCUAUGAAAUGGCACAAUAAAAAUUAA